GGCAGGUAUUACCAGGUAAUGUAGGCCGGGUACACGUAUGAAUUUCGCCCCACUAGGUAUCAAAGAAUCUCAGCCUCGACUUCGACUUCGGCAUUGUUACACCGCUGUCAACUAUCUAUUCAUCAACUAUUCAUCAAAUAUUCAUAUCACAAAUUUUAUGCCAUAUAUAUUGCUGCAAGAUGGCCAAGACUCAGUAGACGACAUACAGCUCCGGCUGUAUGUAUCUUCUUUCGUUCGUUUCUAUCGCCCGCGAAUGAUACUGAAAUAUCAAUAUCAAAAUGGCUUGGAAGUCAAAAACUGCAUGGAAAGGGCCCCAGCAGCUCACUACCAAAACCAAGAAUGACUCAAAUUACCCCGGGCUGAAGUCCGCUAGUCCGGAUGUAGGCCACAAGACACCAUAUACCGAUGUUCAAAAUGAAGAGAUCAUGGUUCUUCAGGCUAUUUAUGGCGACGACUAUAUUGAACAUAAAGCCGCCAAUAGCGCAUGGAUGAAGUCUGAGCCAUCCUUCGACAUUCGCGUCAGGGCUUUAUCUGACGACGAAGUAGCUGUUACUUUAAGCGUAGUACUUACAGCUACAUAUCCAAAAUCUCCACCAUUGCUCAGUCUUAAGGAUGAGGGGGGUCUCAGAGAGUCUACUGUGUUUAAGCUGCAAAAAUUCAUUGAAACGAAGCCCAAGUCCUUGAUUACACUUGAACAGCCGGAACCCAUGAUACACGAGUUGGCGCAAGGUAUCCAAGAUAUUCUUGAAGAUGCUGCUCAGGCAAAGGCUCAAGGACUGGAAUUGCCCUCCUUGGAGGAAGAGAGAGCGGCUCACGAGGCCGAAUUAGCUAGACAGGCUCGGGAGCAACAGGAAGAAGAGGAGCGUAGGAAGCUAGAUGCUAUGAGAGAAGAAGAAAGGAUGAUGCAGGAUAUGAUACAGAAGGAGGUCGACCGACAAAGAACGAAAAUAAAGGAGUCUAAAAAGAGGAACAAAAAUCAAAAUGCUUCGAGCCACACGCAAGACUCCCGGAUCUUGGAAGCCGGGAAGAUUGAGUUUGACCAGGCGUGCGAGACCGCCGAUGCAGUUGGUAAUGUUUUCGUAUUUAACGUCGUCACCGGAAGAAGCGAGUUUCGAAAGGGGCAGCUAGCAACCACAUAUCUCGUCUGGCCUGAGAUUUCCGGCGAACGAAACGGGCCAAGCCUGACCCUCAAAGAAUUCGUAUUACGAUCGACCUCUCAGGAAUCAUCUCAAUUCAAGAAGCAACUACAAGCUCUGGAAGGUGAAUUAGAAUCCAUCAAGAAGUUGUCGCACAGAAACGUCCUUGAGCUCCUGAAUUUUCGUAUCGAUCGCGACCAGGAAGAUACCGAGUCGACGUUGAUGACCUGGACCGCACGACUUUUAACACCACUGGCAGACAAAGGCCCGCUCGGAGAGCUAUUGGAUCUUGCGGGAAGUCUUGAGGUCGGAAAGGUUCGCUCAUGGACUGCGGACCUUCUCGACGCUUUGGGAUAUUUACAUGGGCACGGAAUUACCCACCAAGAUAUCCACCCCGGCAACAUACUCCUAUUUAGAGAGUCAACUGGCGACGUUAUUCCCAAGCUUUCCGAUGUGGCAUAUCAAAGAGAAAUACACAACCUCUCCCACAAGUCCCAGAAGAAUUCGUCGGCAAACGCAGCAAGAUCUACCUACUGGUUACCGCCAGAGGUCGCUGGUAGCUCACGGCCUCAGUAUACCCAAAAAACUGACAUCUGGGACUUAGGUGUCGUUUUCUUACAAAUGAUAUUUGGUCUUGAUGUAUUUCAGAAAUACCAGUCUCCGGCUGCUCUAAUGGAAUCACUCUCCCUAUCCAGACCGUUACAGGAACUGGUGACUAGGUUUUUCAAACUUGAUCCUAGAAAGCGUUCUCGUGCAUUUGAGUUAAGCUCCAGCGAGUUUCUAGCUACUGAUGCCCCUGUCAUUGUUGAUGAUAGCCCUGCUGUCUUCACCCCUUCGCAGUCUCUCGGCUCGUUGACUCACGCUUUGCCUACACGAUUAAGGCGCGACUCCUCCGUUCGUGGGGCGGCAUUUUCAAGGUAUAGAGAGGACUUCGUUGAAGAAGCGCGGUUGGGUAAGGGAGGGUUUGGUGAAGUAGUUAAGGCGCGUAAAAAGCUUGACGGCCAGAUUUAUGCAAUUAAAAAGAUCACUCAACGUUCCCAAUCAAGCCUGACUGAAAUAUUGAAAGAGGUUCGGCUGCUUUCCCAGCUCAGUCACCCAGCAGUUGUAAGAUAUUACAACACCUGGCUGGAAGAAAUACCCGACGUGUCAGAUUCGGGAGGUGAUACAUCAACUGAAGACGCAAACACUGAUUCCAAGGGUACUAUUUCCCAAGGUAUCGAUAUCCAAUUCGCCACUAGCACUGGCGGCUUGGACUUCAUAUCUUCGAGUCAUCCUAACAUAGGACUUGGUUACGAUGACUCGGACGACGAAGACGAUGAAGAAACAGAGGAAGAAGAAGAUGACGACGAUGACCAGUCAGAUGUUGACUCCGACAUGGACGAUUCCAUACCUUCUCCUAUGAGAGUGAAGAGCAAUCAAAGACAUUCCAAGACCGUAAUGUAUAUAUCCAUGGAGUACUGUGAUAAACGAACACUACGGGAUCUCAUCCAGAGAAACCUCUGGAAGGAAACCGAAGAAGUCUGGCGUUUGUUCCGGCAGAUUUUGGAGGGCUUGGUUCAUAUUCAUGGGCUGAAUAUAGUCCAUCGUGAUCUUAAACCAGAAAAUAUCUUUAUUGGCCUUGGUCCCGAUGGGGUUAACAAUGUCAAGAUUGGUGAUUUUGGGUUGGCUACUGCUGGUAGCUUUGCCGUCGAUAAAUUUAUAGGCGGUAGCUUGGAUACGAGUGAUUUAACAAGAAGCAUCGGAACAUCUUAUUAUGUUGCCCCUGAAGUCAGGAGGACCGGUGGUGGGUCGUACACCUCCAAAGUCGAUAUGUACUCGCUUGGGAUUAUAUUCUUCGAAAUGUGUUAUCAUCCUAUCCUAGGUAUGGAGCGAGCAGACAAGUUAGGAAAAUUGGGAACAUCUUCUACCCUCCCGGAUGACUUCCAGCCCAAUGAUAAGGUAAAAUCAGAUAUCGUCCUGUCUCUAGUUACGCAUGACGUAAAAGAGCGCCCGAGCAGCCUUGAAUUACUGCGCAGUGGGAAGUUACCUAUCCAGAUGGAGAAUGAGACGACACGAAGGGCGCUUGCGAGUCUGACAAGUACUGCUUCUCCGUAUUAUCCAAAAGUCGUUUCCGCUUUAUUCUCAACACCUUUGGAGUCAACGAAAGAUUACGCUUGGGACCUAACAACACCUAACCCUACGGCGACGGAAUUACUAUUCCAAAGUGCGGUUAAGGAAGAGCUAAUAUCGGUGUUCCGCCGUCAUGGCGCAGUUGAAACACCGCGCAGUUCACUGUAUCCCCGCUCUCAGCACUACUCUCCUAAUCAAGAUAUCGUUCAACUAUUGGAUCAAAAUGGCACGGUAGUCCAAUUACCAUAUGAUCUAAUGCUUGGAAAUGCUAGAGCAUUGGCUAAGCAUACAAACAUAUCGUCAGUUCGGAAAUCUUUCACGUUUGGCAACGUUUAUCGGGACAGACGAAACGGCGGACAGCCUCUCAUGAUUGGCGAAGUUGACUUCGACAUUAUCUCUAAUAACACUCUAGACCUGGCUUUGAAAGAAGCCGAGGUAAUUAAAGUGCUGGAUGAGAUCAUUCAUGCGUUCCCCUCAACGUCGCCGAUGUGCUUUCAUCUCGGUCAUUCUGAUUUAUUGCAACUUAUAUUCGAUUUCUGCAACGUGGAUCUAACUGCAAGACAGUUAGCCGCCGAAUCCCUCAGCAAGCUAAACAUUCACUCCUAUACAUUUCAAAAGAUACGGGCGGAGCUACGUUCGCCUAUGAUCGGAAUAUCAGCUACUAGUAUUGAAGAUCUCCGACGGUUUGAUUUCCGAGAUACACCAGCGAAAGCUUUCGCUAAACUUAAAGGAAUCUUCGAGGGAAGUCGGAUGUAUGAAAAAUUACAACCGACACUGGCUCAUCUCAAGGAUGUAAUCGAGUAUACCAAACGUCUUGGCGUCCAUGCGAAGAUUUACAUCAACCCCUUAAGCAGCAUUAAGGAGAACUUCUUCUCUGGCGGAAUCUUAUUCCAAUGCCUAUACGACAAAAAGUUCAAAGAUGUAUUUGCUGCCGGUGGUCGAUAUGAUAGCUUAAUUAAAGCACACCGGCCAAAAAUAGGCGAAGGGCCUCACGCAGUUGGCUUUAGCUUAGCAUGGGAGAAAUUAGCACGGUUGCCGAAGUCUGGAGGAAAGUUUCUAAAGAAGCUUGAGGAAGAAACAUCCGGAAUCUUUAAUACUAAACGAUGUGACGUGCUAGUAGCCAGCUUUGACGCACAGACCCUCCGUACCGCGGGUAUCGAGAUCCUCUCCAUGUUGUGGUCUCACGACAUCAGCGCCGAGUUAGCGCGGGAUUCCCGAUCCCCGGAAGAACUCAUGUCGAGGAAUCGCGACGAGACUUACUCGUGGAUCGUGAUAAUCAAGCAGGAUAACGUGCUGAAGGUCAGGACUAUGGACCGCAAGGACGUGCCGGACGCCGAGAUCUCAUCAUCCCAGCUCCUCCCGUGGCUUCGCGCCGCGCAGCGCGAGCGCGGGACCACGAAGCAAUCGGACGCGACGGGCAGUUCCGCGGCGCCCGUCUCGCAGGGCGGCGGCGGUGGCGGUGGCGGCGGUGGCGGUACCGUGACAGCAAACCCGAACCAGGAGGUGAGCGUGCUGGUGGCGGGGACCAAGUCGAAGAAGUUCAACCGGCUGGUGGUGAUCGAGCAGGCGCAGGCCAAGGCGGCGGGGCACCUGCAGUCGUUCCUCUUGGGCCCGAUCGCGGCGGUCGAGACGUCGGACGUCGUGCUCGACCUGAUCCAGGAGACGACGCGGCUGUCGGAGCCCGAGACCUGGCGCCGCGCCGAGCAGUCCGUCGAGAAGAACGAGCGCAGGUACCUCCGCGAGAUCCACGACAUGCUGAUGGCGUGGCGCGCGGACUGGGAGAAUAGGAAGAAGAACAGCAACAGCAACAACAACAACGCGAAUACGAACGCGGACGGCGCGGACGCCAGUCGCCACGCGUUCGUGUAUAAUUUCAGGACGACUAAGUGUAUUUACUACGAUUUGGGGGCGUGAAGCGGGUGUAUAUGCUAGGUACCUAACCUACCUAGGACCUAGGUACCUCUGAGGUACUACUUUCUGUAGUCUGUGUACACUUAUUGACGAAAGGGGGAUAGGAUGAGAGUGUUGGUGUUGAUGGUAGGAGAGGCAACAGGGGCAGAAAGGAGAGUGGAAAGGGGGAGGGAGGUGGCUUGGCUAUGUGUAGGUAGAUACCCUAGGGAAUUGAUCAAUUCUGCUCCUCGGAAAACUUACUUGUUUCUAUUAGUUAUUGCUUCCGUACUAGCUAGCUCUCUAUAGGUUAGGUAGUUACCUACUGCUAAUUAAUUAUUUUUAUUUUUA